AUGCCGUUUUAUUGCUAUCAAUGUGAGCAGACGGUAGAAGCCGACCAGGUAUGAGAUAAUUUUGAAUUUAACAUUGUUUUAGAGCUUGCACUGUUCUCGAUGCAAUGGAGAGUUUAUUGAAGAAAUUACGCCUGCAAAUAACACUUACUUGGGAAACCUGCAGCCAACAAUAUCCUUUGUAGUAGGUUCAGACCGUCAAGAGCCAACUAAUUUGCAAGGAGUUCCACCAGUAAGUUAACAACUAUUUUCAAUUUUAUUCAUAGUUUCUGAGGAACUUACUCGGGGCUGCCGCAGGGCCCUCGUCAAGAGGGGUGUUCACUCCUGACUCAUCGUUAAAUUCCAACCUUCGUCAUGAGGAACCUGCCCGAAGAAGUCCUAAUAACAGAGCAGUCAACGAUGGAGAUCAUAGUCGCAAUCCGCAAGCACAACCAGGGGAUUUUCUUGGGCAGUUCUUGAAUCAACUAAUGGCAAAUCUAUCGUCUGGUGUGCCUCAAGGCGGCCAUAUUCACAUUCAAAUAGGUCACGGGGACGGCGGAGGGUAAUUAACUGUUUAAGGAUGAUUGAUCUUCAUUCAGAAUGCCAAGGAACCUCGGGGAUUAUGCGUUUGGAGAUGCAAAUUUUGACGAAAUAAUCACGCAGUUAUUGAACGGAUACGAGCAAUCCGUUGGCUUAUCAAAGGCAGAAAUAAAAAGAUUGCCAAUGACCAAUGUUACCCAGAUCCAUGUAGACAACGGAACCCAGUGCACGACUUGUAUGGACACAUUUGAUUUAGGCCAAGAGGUGGCGCAGUUAGACUGCAAACAUAUUUAUCACAAGGACUGCCUUGUACCUUGGCUAGAAAGGCAGAAAACCUGCCCGAUUUGCCGUCAACCUAUCGAUCCGUCCAAGUGGCCAGAGGUGGAAGAUGCUCGUAUUAUCACUGAUGUUGACGAGUUGGACUAG